AUGACCACCCAACACCGCCUCUUGCUCCUCGGUGCGACCGGCGAGACGGGGAAGCAAGCUCUGUCCGCCGCCCUCGCCGACUCCCGCGUCUCGCAUGUUCUCACGUUCGGCCGGCGCGCCCCAACGCUCGACCCCUCCACUCCAUCCUCCAAGCUCACCCAUUCCUCGCUCGACUUUGACGCGCUGUUGAAAGAAGGCUCGGCAGGCGGACCCGAGACGAGCAAGUUGCGUUCGGCAGAGGCGGACAGCGUGUUGAUUGCGCUUGGGACGACGAGGGCUAGUGCGGGGAGUGCGGAAGCGUUCGAGAGGAUCGAUAGGGAGUAUGUGUUGAGUGCGGCGAGGGCGGCGAGGAGGGAGGACAAGCCGGAUCAGCGGGUCGUUUACGUCUCGUCCACCUCGGCAAACUCGAGCGCUUGGUUGCUCUACCCCCGCUCGAAAGGCCUGACGGAAGAAGGCCUCGCCUCGCUCGGAUACGCUUCCACCAUCAUCUUCCGCCCUGGCUUGCUCGUUGCGCCUGGCGGGCGUGGAGAGCAUCGCUUUGCCGAGUUGCUGGCUGUCAAGACGAUUCCUCACCUCCCGUUCGGCAAAUCCACCCUCUGGAUCGGCACCGACACGCUCGGCCGCUCGCUCGUCAAUGCAGCAGUCGGCAGUCCGGUCGUCAAGGAGUACGGCAAGGAGGAGGUUCUGAAGGGCCAGCACAAGGUGUGGGCCGUGUCGAACGCGGAUGCGCUCAAGCUGGCGGAGGCGGGCAAGUGA